AUGGCUGUUUCUUCAAAGCGUUUGAGGCGAAGCGAUGCGAUUCAGAUCGUUUUCUUGUUGUCAACUCUCCUGUUGUGGGCGCCUGCGGCAGCACAGAUCUUUCAACCCCCACUAAGCCCGAGGAGGCUUGCUCUUUCUCAUCAGGGAGGUCGACAUGAGCCGAACUCUCACCCGUCCCGGACGAUGCUGGCUCAUCCUGUUGAAUCCAAUCCACUGCUCUCUUCCGUCAUCAUCAACCACAAGCGUGAAAGUGACCAUUCGUCCAAGAAUGCGCAUGACCGACACAGUCUAGAUGAUGACAUGGGAGGUAGAAUAGUUGCAGAGGAGCGAGCUUUCAAACGAACUCUUCAUGCAGGGAGUGUUGCUGUCGACAACGAUAGGCUGGAGGCAGCCCAGGGAAGCCCCCGGAGCAACUCAUCGCACGUGGGGCGGGAGGAGCCAGUGCAGUCAGACAGCUCAGUGCGGUUGGGGUUCUUGGUGGCCUUGCUUGCGUCUCUGUCGGUGAACCUCGGGAAGGUGUGUCAAAAACGAGGCACGGAGGAUCUGCCUCUGCUGCAGAUGAAGGGGAACGUAGUGCGAAGUUACCUCGCGAACCCUUGGUGGCUGACAGGAUUCAUCUUGGAUGUUAGUGGGGCCCUGAUGACCCUUGUUGCCCUCUCCCUCGCGCAUGUCUCGGUGGUUCAGCCGGUGCUGGGCAGCGGCCUGGCGUUUGUUGCCAUAUUUUCUCACUACUUGACAUCCGACCGGAUGCAGUUCAUGGACUGGGUCGGUUGUGUGAUCUGCAUCGUGGGGACCCUUGGGAUCAGUUGGACCUCGGUGGAGAGAGACGGGCCGGAGGAGUUUUAUUUCUCCAUCGCCUUCCUGCUCCUCCUCUUCUUCUUCUCCGUGGCUGCGUUCAGUGAGCUCCUGCAUAGAAAGAGGCUCAUACCUCAAGACAUCUCGUCUUCGAUCUGUGCUGGCGUGUGCUUCGGUACUUCGGCAUGCUCUACCAGGACGGGGAUGAAGAUCGCGCUGGAGAACGGCUCAACUUUUGCAGCUCCAUUUGGUAUCUUCCUCAGCAUUCUGUUGACGUCGACGGGUUUUGUGGCUCAAACGAGGGGCCUGAAGGAUGGCAGAGCGCUGGCAGUUGUCACAUACAGCAACUUGAUUGCGUUGCUGGUCGCAGUGAUCUUUGGCAUCCUUGCGCUCUCCGAGCCGCUUCCAGACACCAUCGUCGGGCUGGCCGGCAGGAUCUCAUCGAUCCUGCUCCUGGCAUUCGGCUCCUACAUCUUGCAAGGACGAGGAGAGCACAAGCACAGAAACCAGAUCGAGAUGAACAUGCACCAUGGGCCGUUCGCCAACAGAGCCCACGCGCGGGAUGUGAGCUUGGAUGGCAGCAUACUUGAGACUGUGCAGGUGCUCACGUCGAUAGACACCAAACAGAUUUAA